GGUGAAUCUGAGGAGUCAGAAGCGGCUUGCUGCCAGCGUGCUCGAUUGCGGCCAGAGAAAAGUUUGGCUAGAUCCAAAUGAAGUUUCCGAUAUUGCAGCUGCUAAUUCUCGCCAAAACAUCCGCAAACUAAUAAAAGAUGGCCUGAUAAUCAAGAAACCCCAAGUAAUCCAUUCUCGAUUCCGAGUCCGGGAAAAACUCGAAGCCAAACGCAAGGGUCGCCACACUGGUCCUGGUAAGAGAAAGGGUACAGCGAAUGCACGUAUGCCUCAUGCAGUCUUGUGGAUGAGACGGCAAAGAGUUUUGAGACGGUUGUUGAGAAAGUACCGUGAAGCCAAAAAGAUCGAUAAGCAUUUAUAUCAUCAGCUUUACAUGAAAUCCAAGGGUAACGUAUUCAAGAACAAGCGUGUUCUUAUGGAUUACAUUCACAAGGCUAAAGCAGAGAAGCAGCGUACUAAGAUGCUUGCCGACCAAGCCGAAGCUCAUCGCCAGAAAGCUAAGGCAGCACGUGAACGUCGUUCUCAGCGAAAGGCUGAGAAACAAGCUGCCAUGCUUGGUCUCGACGAGGAUGAAACCAAGGCGUAG